CGCUGCCUCUCCCCCGCCCGGUCCGCUUCCCGGUCGGAGCAACAUCGCCUUCGGGCGGGGCGACCUGGAGCGGCCGCCCAGCGGGUGUCCCGGGCCCAGGUGGCUUCUGAGUCAAGAUGGCUGCCGUGCGCCGCCCGUCGGCCGGGCCUCUGCUGCUGCGCGCAGCGCUCUGCCUGCUGUGCUGCGGCCCCGCGGCCGUGCGCGCCGUCCCUGAGCCCGGGCGCUGGGCAGCGACGAUCAGCGACAAAUCAGGACCUUUGAUAUUUAGAAAAAUUAUGUUUAAUUCCACUGACAUCAAGUUUUCUGUUAAAUCAUUCUAUUGUCAAGAGCCUGUGAAGUUUACCAUAGAGUGGUAUUUGAAGCAUUACACUUGUCAAAAUGAAUAUGAUAAGCUGGAUGAGCAGUUAUCAAAGCCUGAAAGUGUUGGCAGAGACUAUUGUGUUAAUUAUUUGAAGAACAGUGAAUGUUGGACAACAAAAAAUGAAAACAUAGAUUGCAACAGUGACUUACAGGUGUUUCCCUCAUUAUAUAAUAAAGAACUAAUUUCAAAUAUUGGGAAUGUUUCAAACCAGGAAGAACAAAUGGAUGUUGUUGCAAGAACACAUAAAGAUGGGUUUCACAUCCUUAUUGUUUCUAUUAACACGGAAAAAAUCAAUGCAAAAUGGAAUUUGAAUGUUUCUCUUUCUAUGAUGGGGCCGAAAGGAUAUCUCUCUGCAUCAGAUUGGCCUCUCAUGAUUUUUUACAUGGUGAUGUGCAUUGUCUACAUUUUAUAUGGCUUGCUCUGGCUGAUAUGGUCUGCUUGUUAUUGGAAAGACAUAUUAAGAAUUCAGUUCUGGAUUGCAGCUGUCAUAUUCCUGGGAAUGCUUGAAAAAGCACUUUUUUAUGCUGAAUACCAAAACAUCAACAGCACUGGGCUAUCAACCCAAGGUUUGCUGAUAUUUGCGGAGUUGAUAUCUGCCAUCAAGAGGACACUGGCCCGCCUCCUGGUGAUCAUCAUGAGCUUGGGAUACGGCAUCGUGAAGCCUCGCUUAGGGACAGUCAUGCACCGGGUGAUUGGACUGGGGCUCCUCUACUUCAUCUUUGCAGCAGUCGAAGGCGUGAUGAGAGUUGUUGGGGCCAAUGACUCUGAUCUUGUGCUUCUGGCCAGCCUCCCUCUGUCUCUUCUUGACUCUGGCUUGUGCUGGUGGAUUUUUAUAAGUUCAGCACAAACUAUGAAGACUCUGAGGCUAAGAAAGAACAUGGUGAAAUUUUCUUUAUACAGGCACUUUACAAAUACUCUGAUCUUUGCUGUGCUGGCUUCUGUCGUGUUUAUGGUGUGGACAACUAUGACAUUUAGAUUUGCAAAAUGUCGAUCAGAUUGGAUGGAAAUCUGGGUUGAUGAAGCAUUUUGGAGCUUCCUCUUUUCAAUUAUCCUUAUGGUAAUAAUGUUUUUGUGGAGACCAUCAGCAAAUAAUCAAAGGUAUGCCUUCAUGCCCUUAAUUGAUGAUUCGGAUGAUGAAGUUGAAGAAUACAUGGUAACAUCUGAAAAUUUAACUGAAGGAAUAAAAUUAAGGACCUCAAAAACGGUUUCCAAUGGAACAGCUAAACCACCAACUUCUGAUAAUUUUGAUGAAGAUUUGAAGUGGGUGGAAGAAAAUAUUCCCUCUUCAUUCACAGACGUAGCUCUUCCGGUAUUGGUAGAUUCAGAUGAGGAAAUUAUGACCAGAUCUGAAAUGGCAGAAAAAAUGUUCUCUUCAGAAAAGAUAAUGUGAAACCUGUUUAACAGUGGAGGACUCCCAGGACUAAAGGAGGUCACACAACACGUUUUUAUAGUGUUAUCUUGGAAAUUUAUGUAUUCAAAUUAAAAAUUCAGUGGGCUGAUGGGUUCUGUACCCCUUUUAAGCUGGCUCUUGAAUGUCAGUUUAAUGCCCAUUAAAUUGCCCUACUUAGAAAUCACCUAAGAAAAGUAUUUUGAUAAAACAUAUGUCCCAAAGCCCUAAGCUGGUGGAUGGCAGACGUGUGGAUUGGGUUGUCUCUUUUUUUCUGGAAAAUAUGGCAGUUCCAGAUUGAAGCGUUAUUUUUACAUAAACACUCUUACUAUUCUCCCACUGACCUUUGAGGCAAGUAAAGCAUGGCCAAACACUGCCUCCAUCUCCUGGGUUUAUGGGCACUAGAUGCCAUAGUAAUUUCCUUUGACUUUUAUACUGAAGUGACUUGAUAAUAAGAACGUGGCUAACGCCGGAACAUCGGAUAUUUAUGUGACCAAGGUGCACACAUUUGCACAAGCCCAGUCUGUCAUCACCGUGCUCAUCGAAUCCUGGACGUCUUCGCUCUCUCAGCUCAGUGGACACAGUGCAUGGAGAGAGUGGUCCUGAGGGUCACUUCCAAAGAUUUGCUCGGCCACUGUCCCCCCACUCAGGCUGUAUGUGCGUGUGCUGCUGCUGAACCUGCGGGCAGGAGGCGGACACCUGGCUAGUGGCUCCCUCAGAGCACGCCCUCCCGGCCAGCGGGGCGACCGUGGAGGGAACUAGAACCUUACCUUGUGUGUAAUCUUGCAGAGUACUAAACGGUACUGUACCUCACUGUUAGUCUUGUAAUUAAUGUCUUAACCUUCAACCAUGUUUUAUACAUUAUUUUAUUAUGUGUAACUUGACUUUUUUCUAAUGCAGAACAUUCUAAAUUUGAAAGGCAGUUGAAAGUUGUCUGAUGGAAGUGUGAAUAUUUGCUGCUUUCAUGAUCAAAGCGCUAGUGACCUUUAGAGUAGGAAUUAAAGCUGGAGUCACGUGUCUUUCUUGUGAGUGAAGAACGAUCCCACAGAUUUUGAUUGAGAAGCAUCACAGUACAAACACUUAAAUAUAAUCUUCCUUUUUUAUCUCAUUGUGAGGCCACAAAACAAACUUUUUUUCUUUGGAAUUUACUUCUCAUUUAUCCAUUUCACAGGAGCUAGUAAAAAAAGAUUUAUUUCCAUCCUGAGGUCAGUAGUAAUGUCUCUUAAAAGAUACUGUCAACUUUAUUUUCAGUCGUGAAUAUCAAGCAGCGUUGUACAUUUCCCAGCAUUCAUAUCCUUUCCAAGGGUGUAGUUCACUCUUACCCCAAGUUGUUUCAGACACAGAGGUGACCACUGUCCUCUUCCUAAAAUCUUUACCUAAUGCCACUGCCCAGCUUUCGAGACAGGUUCACUCCCAAAUCAUACAGCUGUAGCUGGAUUCUGAAUGCAGAAUCCUGGGCGUCCGGCCAGCAGGAGCUGCCAGCUAGUGGGGUGGGAAUGGGAACAAUGGCCAGUGUGGGACCGGAAACUGCCUCUGAUGUAACCUCAAUAAGUGUUUAUAAAAACCCUGUGUUCUGCACCUGGAAAAAUAAAUGUUGGACCCUGGAUGGCUUAGCCUGAGGCUGAAAUGCAGGCUUUCCUCAUCACCCAGAGAAAGUAGCUUCCCUCCUGAUGGCUGUCGGAAAUACUGUUUUUUCAAAGGUGUGCACUGUGCCUGUCGCUGCCAGUGAUUAUUGUGUCCUUGGUUGAUACCUGGUGUCUUGAAUCGAGGAUUCCUGUGGAGGGCCUUCUGAACCCCCUCAUGUGAACAGGAGGGGGCGCCCUAGGGGCCACCAUGCAGCCAUCAUCCUGCUUCAGCAUGAAGCUUCCAGGAACUGGCCAUCCAGGUCACAUUAAUUUCUUAGGAUGCCAUCAAGAUGGGCCUUCCUGUUAAGGAAGGGAUCUGAGGGCCAGAGUCCUCUUUUGUUUUUCUAGGCAAAAUGCUUAGAAAAGCAUUUGCAAUUCAUGUUAGAUUUAUAUGCUGUGUAAAAUUAAAAGGGAAUUUUCAUGAUUUUGAGUUAGUUGGUAUCUGCUUUAAAAGAUAGUUAAUUUAUUUCAAAAAU